UUAAUUAUGCAUACACAUUUUUAGUGUGCGGUCCCUCUGGUUUCCACUAUAAAAACAUCAUACUCCCCUUUCCUUCUGAAUUGCAGAGUGGAAAGGAAAACUAAUUCAGCCAUGGCUUCAUCUCCUUUACCAUCAACUUCUACAAUGGCCGCCGUGCACUCCACCACAACCACCCCCUUCCGCUCUCCUUUAUUCCCAAACAAGUACCAGACUUCAUUGCAACGAAAACCCAAACAAUGCCUUGCAGGCAGAGUGCGCUGUAAAGCAACAAAAGGUGACAAUGAAAACCUAGACCAGGGCCUAGCAAGACUCGACAGGAGGAACAUGCUGAUAGGUUUAGGCGCUGGGGGUCUCUACGGUGCAGCAGGAAACCCAUUUGCUUUUGCAGCACCGGUAUCCGCCCCAGAUCUGACCACGUGUGGUCCUGCCGACAAGCCAGACGGGUCCACCAUCGAUUGUUGCCCACCCACCACGACGACCAUCAUCGACUUCAAACUCCCUGACCGAGGCCCACUCCGCACUAGGCUCGCUGCCCAGGACGUUGCAAAAAACCCUGCAUACUUGGCCAAAUACAAAAAGGCCAUCGAGCUGAUGCGGGCACUUCCAGACGACGACCCGCGCAGUUUCGCCCAACAGGCCAAAGUCCACUGCUCUUACUGCGAUGGUGGAUACCCACAAGUCGGAUACUCGGAUUUGGAGAUCCAAGUUCACUACUGUUGGCUCUUCUUCCCGUUCCAUCGUUGGUACCUCUACUUCUACGAGAAAAUCAUGGGGGAGCUCAUUGGGGACCCAACCUUCGCCCUCCCCUUCUGGAACUGGGACGCACCAGCUGGAAUGUACAUUCCUGAGAUUUUCACUGAUACGUCGUCAUCCCUCUACGACCAGUAUAGAAAUGCAGCGCAUCAGCCCCCGAAGCUCUUAGACUUUAAUUACAGCGGGACCGACGAUAACGUCGACGACGCAACACGAAUCAAAGAGAACUUAACAACAAUGUACCAGCAGAUGGUGUCAAAGGCCACUUCUCACAGACUCUUUUUUGGAGAGCCCUACAGCGCAGGGGACGACCCAAGUCCUGGUGCCGGAAACAUUGAGAGCAUUCCCCAUAACAAUAUUCACUUUUGGACUGGCGACCCAACCCAGACAAAUGGGGAGGACAUGGGGGCCUUUUACUCUUCGGGGAGGGAUCCGCUGUUUUACUCCCACCAUUCCAACGUCGACCGCAUGUGGUCUAUAUAUAAAGAUAAGUUGGGAGGUACGGACAUAGAAAAGACUGACUGGUUGGACACGGAGUUUUUGUUCUACGACGAGAAAAAGAAUCUUGUGCGCGUCAAGGUUUGUGACUCGCUCGACACGAAAAAACUCGGGUACGUGUACGAUGAGAAAGUCCCGAUCCCGUGGCUGAAAUCGAAGCCGACAACUCGUAAGUCGACGAAUAAGAGAAAGGCCGCAGUUUCAUCUUCUGAUCUUACUACAACGUUCCCUGCUACACUGUCGGAUACAAUCAGCGUCGAGGUGACGAGGCCAUCUGCGACGAAGCGGACAACUGCCCAGAAGAAGGCGCAGGACGAGGUGCUGGUGAUUAAGGGGAUUGAGUUUGCCGGGAAUGAGACUGUGAAGUUCGACGUGUAUGUGAACGAUGACGCGGACUCACUGGCCGGGAAAGACAAGUCGGAGUUUGCUGGGAGUUUUGUUCACGUGCCGCAUAAGCAUAAGAAAAAUAUUAAGACGAACCUGCGGCUGAGCAUUACAAGCUUGUUGGAGGAGUUGGAUGCGGAGACAGACAGCAGUUUAGUGGUGACUUUGGUGCCAAAAGUUGGGAAGGGGCCAAUCACCAUCGGAGGGUUUAGCAUUGAGCUCAUUAAUACUACCUAAGUAUUAUUUAAUGUUAUUGUUGUUCUUCUUGUUGUUGUUGGGUUGGCUUAAUCAUGUUUUUCUAGCUAAUUACUCCUGAACGUUCGUAAUGUGCUCAUCUACUGCUUAUGUGGCAGAUGAUGGUUGGUGUUCCUCGUGAAUAAAAGCACUAUUGUGUUUC